CCCAUUUUAGAAUGUGGGUGCCUCAGGACUGUCCAUGAUUUUAAAGGGUGCCUCAGGACUGUCCAUGAUUUUAAAGGGGUGCCUCAGGACUGUCCAUAAUUUUAAAGGGUGCCUCAGGACUGUCCAUAAUUUUAAAGGGUGCCUCAGGACUGUCCAUAAUUUUAAAGGGUGCCUCAGGACUGUCCAUAAUUUUAAAGGGUGCCUCAGGACUGUCCAUAAUUUUAAAGGGUGCCUCAGGACUGUCCAUAAUUUUAAAGGGUGCCUCAGGACUGUCCAUAAUUUUAAAGGGUGCCUCAGGACUGUCCAUAAUUUUAAAGGGUGC